CAAAAUCCAAGAGGUGAAAAUAUGAGCUACGCCUACGAGGGUUCAAUUAUAGGGGUGCCCUUCCCAUGGGAGGACAGCCCUGGAAUCCCGAAAGCAACCCCGGCUGAUGAUCGAACAGAGCUGAUCGCUAAGAAAGGGCAGCACGUGGCUGAGUUGCCGCUUCCGCCUUGCCCUUCGGUAAGGUCCCGAGGGUUGCUGAUUAAACUCCUUCAGAAGGAUCUGAUGAGGCAGAAGACAACAUGCGACCCUUUUUUUUCUGCUCUCAUGAAAUGCACCGAGGAACCGAGCACAGAUAGUCACCCCGAGGAAGAAGAACAUGUAAAAGAAGAACGAAAUGGUGGAGAUGAAGAAUCGCAUCCGAAGUCCAAUGUCGUGAACCGGUUGAAAAACCAGACUACCUUGGCAAGUAAUAUCAUCCAAAGCGUGAAGAAGUGUGUGCUGCUGUGUGGAGACUCUUCCCCUGCACAGAACCGAGAUGAGGAUGGGGACUCCGUAGUUCUUCGUAGUGUUUCAAUGGAGUGGGAUACCGCGGCUACUUCAACGAAUAGAUGCGAUAUAAGAUCAUACACAUCAAAUGUGUACAUCUAAUUGUAAAAAUACGUGUACAUAGAAAUGAAUAAUUAGUCUGCGCUUGUUUGUGAUAUUCCUUUUUGCCCCUCUUUUAAGA